AUGAGGUCUCAGUGCGUGCGCACUGUGAGCGGUAGCGACACGGACGUGUCCACCUCAGCCGAGAACCUGACGCACGAGGAGAAGUAUGUUCUCAGUCACACAGAGCGCCAGGAUCCCCAGAUGCACUACAACAGCCUGGAGCGGCUGCUGCGCGAGCCGCCGCACGUCAAUGGAAAGGAGACGAAGCCGGCAGGCGGCGCGCUCAGCGACAAGUCCAACUCGUCGUCGUCGAGCCAGCUGGCGCCCGCCGAGCCGGACCUGAACCGCGGCGGUGACCCGCUCCGACCCCCGGGCCAAUACCGAGAGCCCCCCGACUACGUGGCUGCCAAUGCCAACGAGAUGAUGCAGAUUCUCAUGCUGGAGAACUCGACCCUGAAGCAGGAGAUCGAAAUGUACCAGAGGAAGGUGCAGAAACUACAGAAGUUCGCACGCGAGCUGGAGAAGCUGCAAUCCGACUACGACGACCUGGUGGAGACGUGCCGCCGGCGCGAGCAGCUGGAGUACCUGGCGCGCCAGAAACUGACGUCCGAGGUGCGACGCGCCACCGACCUCAACAACAGCCUCUCCAGCCAGCUGGACACCUCCAAGCUGGACGAGGACAAGAAGCAGACGGACCGACGCGAGCUGCUCAUCCAGCAGCUGGUUACGCAAAACAAGGAGCUGCAGGCGGUGAAGGAGCGCCAGGAGAUCGAGCUGACGGCGCAGCGCGCCACGCUGCAGGAGCAGCGCCAGUACAUCGACAUCCUGGACACGGCGCUCACCAAGGCGCAGGAGAACGUGGUCCGCGUCGAGAAGGAGCACGCCGAGCGGGCGGCGCACAAGAAGAUCCGCACCGACCUCGAGCGCGAGAUCGCCGACUUGAAGGCGGCCGUCGCUGGCAAACAGGGCGACGAUAACGGCAACCCGCAGCAGUCGGAGCUGGCCGACAUGCGGCAGAAGCUGCGCGACGCGCACGAGCGCACGCUGCUGCUGGAGACGGAGCUGGCGCACUGCCAGCAGAAGUUCGUGGACAGCACGCGGGACAGUGAGCUGAUGCUGGAGCGGUCGGUGGCCCACCUGGAGCCGGGCUCUCUGCACCUCUCCGGUUCGCACCCCUCGCUCGAGGAGAGGGUGCUGGGGCUGGAGGCCCGGCUGGUGGAGAAGGACGCCAUGAUCCGCGCGCUGCAGAAGCACGCGCUGGAGGUGCCGGCCAUCCUGCGCAACCCGCACAGCCGCCAGAGCAGCCUGCAGUCGCUGGCCGGCAUGAACGCCUCCAGCUACGGCGUGAGUCAGCACGGCUACUCGAGCUCCGUGUACAGCAGCAGCCCGGGCCGACCGCCCGGCUCCACCAAUGCCGGCUCCAUGAUCAACAUGAGCCGGCUGCACACAGAUCGGGUGUAG